CUCCGUGUGCGUGUGUGUGUGUGCGCGAAGUUCGUCCCUUCGUCGAGAUCCGUCCUCCUCGCGCGAGACACGCAUGCGCGGGUCCGAACGGGAAAGUUUUCGGUGUGCAGUGCCGCUCCCGCUCCGGGUGGAUCCUCGUCUCUUGGCCUCUUCUCCUCGCCUCUUCGGAAACGCAAUUUUCGUAGCUCAGUGAACUUUCCGUGACGAUGGAUGUUUUCGUUGCAUGUUGAUCCGGCGGAGUGCGAAUUGCAGUGAUGGCUUGCGGGAGGAGAUGCAAGCGUGAUCAGUGAACGAAGAUUCCUUGCAACGUUGCAAAGGAUCUUGAGGAAACCUCCCUUUUUCGACUUAUCUUCGGAGAUUUAAAGAUCAUUUUGUGUCUUCAGGUUCUGCCGCGCCGCCCGGAGCCAUGAACCAGCAGUGCCGCGUGUGUGGCGAACCGGCCGCCGGCUUCCACUUCGGCGCCUUCACCUGCGAGGGAUGCAAGUCGUUCUUCGGGCGGACGUACAACAACGUGUCGUCUCUGGGCGAGUGCAAGAACGGCGGCCGCUGCGUCAUCAACAAGAAGAACCGCACGGCGUGCAAGGCCUGCCGCCUGCGCAAGUGCCUGCUCGUCGGCAUGUCCAAGAGCGGCUCCAGGUACGGGCGUCGCUCCAACUGGUUCAAGAUCCACUGCCUUCUCCAGGAGCAGGUGUCGCUCGCCUCUCCGACGGAGCACACGUCCCCGAGCAGCCUGGCCGUGCAGGAGGCCAAGCGGGCGCUGCAGGGCCUCGCCGCGCAGGGCCCUUCGCCCACGCAGGACUCUCCGCGGAAGGCCGGGGACGCCGAGGAGGAGCCGCGGGUCAUCAUCAAGGAGGAGGACCGCGACUCGCCCGCCCUCAGCAGCCCCGAGUCUCAGGCGUCGGACAAUUCGCUGGAGUCGCCCCUGGACCCGCGGAGGCCCCCGGCGGCCUUCCAGCUGUACCCGAAGCUGGGGGCGCUGUCCCCCUUCUUCCUGCACGCGGGCACGGCGCUGGCCAGCCCCUCGCCCCCCUACUCCCGGCUCCCCCUCUACCCCUAUCUGUACCCCGUGCUCAGCAGGCCGGCCGAAACCACGCCCGUUUCCUCCCCGCCCGUGUCGUCCCCCUCGCCGUCCCUCUCCCACGCCCGCACGCACUCCCCGGGCAGCGCCCACGAGCCCACCAGCCCGCACUCGCCCCACCUCUCGCACUCCCCUGUCGCCGCCCACCUGCGGGAGCUAGCCCACUCGCCCGCCGUCUCGACCAGUCAUCUUAGCCUGACGAUCACGCCCGCGCACGCCAGUACCCACGCCCUCAGCAGUCCCCAUCUCCAUGCACUCAAAAGUCCGCACGCCCACGUCAGCAGCCCUUACAUUCACAGAAGCCCCCCGGCCCAUAGCCACCCCCCCGCCCACGCCAACUUCCCCCCCAUCCGCGGCAGCCCCCAGCCGGCCCACGGGGUCGCGCAGCCCCCGUCGGCUCACCACGCCUUCGCCGACAAGGAAAACAACAACAACAACCACAGCAAGAACCACAGCACCAGCGGCCACAGCAUCGAGGACCUGAGCAAGAAGCCGCGCCCCUCGGGAGACGACCUCGCUCGCCCUGCGUCCCCCCGCUGCGGAGACGAGGCCGACGAGCAGAAGGAACCCAUCGACCUCUCGCUGAAGAAGGCGCCCCCCACGCCCACGCCCGCGAGCCAAGACCCCGAGACCAAAGCGACCUCGCCCGCGGACAGCCAGGUCGUGUCCUACAGCAUGAAGGUGACCACGGCGUCCCUGAGCCCCGGGCAGACGCAGGGAACCUCCACGUCGCCUGUCGAUCUCUCCUGCCGGGCUUGAGGAGGACGCCCCCCCCCCUUGGUCUGCCCCUCAAGUGCCAGUAUCUCGCCGCGUUAAGACUGUGCUGGUGAAGCGUUUUUAUAAGGAAAAUAUAUAUAUGUACAUAUGUAUACAUAGACAGAGAGAUAUAUAUAAAGAAAAAGAACUAUAUUUUAAUGGAAUGCCGGUGUUAUUUCAUUAAGUUUGAUUCCCUUGCGCUCAAACGGAGAAGUUUCUUUGUAGCGUUUUAUGACCCUUUUAUUACGAAUAGUAUACAGUGAUACGAGUAACUGUGAGAUUAUAUAUAGUUAUAAAAGAUUGAUAAAGCUAUUGACUCUUGUACAGUGAUACAGUGUUAUUACUGACCAUAUCGUUUUUUAUACCAGUGUAUAAGUGAUAAACCUAUAUAGGUUAAGGAUUGCAAUUUGUCUAUCGGACUUUCAUUUGUGUUGUGAAUAGAUUUAUAUCGCUUUCUUCCAAUUCUUCUUUUAGCUAGAUUUAUUAUCCUUUUUGUAGUAUUGUGCAACGGAAUUUUUUAUAUUAUAACUGUAUUACAUUUCAUUUCCACAUGUUUAUGCUUAAUUUUCUGCAUUUAUCCUCCGUUAAAACUAUAAGUAACAAAAAGCAGCGAGAUGUUAACUCGCCGUCGUGCGCCACCCUUGAGAAACUUGAGAAACUAACAAAAGAACCGCGCAUGUAAGUCAUCCGAUCCCAAACCCAAAUCCUUUAAGGAGUUCGGAUUCUCCUUGAAGAAGUUCAGAUUCUCCCUCGCCCGGAACGAUCUCCCGGCUCGAGUAUCGCUCAAGUGGAGUUCGAGCACUUGUAAGAAAUUUGUUGACCAAGGCUUCGACAAACAAGAAG